UCAUAUUUUCUCUCUCGAAAAAAAAAUUGUUACUACUAUAGUUUUUUAUUUUUUGUUAAUUGUUAAAUAUGGCUGGUGGUGGUGGAAUUAAUCCUAAUGGAAAUAAUGGAAAAGAAUAUCCUGGAAAUUUAACUCUUUAUGUUACUAUUACAUGUAUUGUUGCUGCUAUGGGUGGAUUGAUUUUUGGUUAUGACAUUGGAAUUUCUGGGGGAGUGACAUCAAUGGACUCAUUCUUGUCAAAAUUUUUCCAUUCUGUUUACACAAAGGAAAAAGCAGACAAAUCAACAAACCAAUACUGCAAAUUCGACAGCCAAACGCUAACAAUGUUCACAUCAUCAUUGUACCUUGCUGCACUAGUUUCCUCACUUGUUGCAUCAACUGUCACAAGAAAAUUGGGUAGAAGGCUUUCAAUGCUCUUUGGUGGUGUACUAUUUUGCGCUGGCGCGUUGAUCAAUGGAUUUGCUAAGAAUGUUGCUAUGCUUAUCGUUGGAAGGAUUUUGCUCGGUUUUGGUAUUGGUUUUGCCAAUCAGUCUGUUCCUUUAUAUCUAUCUGAAAUGGCGCCGUACAGGUAUAGAGGAGCACUCAACAUUGGCUUUCAAUUAUCCAUCACAAUAGGCAUUCUUGUAGCCAAUGUGUUGAACUAUUUCUUUGCGAAAAUUACAUGGGGAUGGCGUUUGAGUCUAGGAGGAGCGAUGGUACCUGCAUUGAUCAUCUCGGUAGGUUCACUCCUCCUCCCGGAAACUCCCAAUUCCAUGAUUGAGCGUGGCAAGAACGAGGAGGCUAAGGCAAAGCUCAAGAGGAUUAGGGGUGUUGAUGAUGUAGACGAGGAGUUUAAUGAUUUAGUCACGGCUAGUGAAUCCUCGAGGAAAGUUGAACAUCCGUGGAGGAACUUAUUGCAGAAGAAGUAUAGGCCACAUCUCACUAUGGCUAUUGCUAUCCCCUUUUUCCAGCAACUUACCGGUAUCAAUGUGAUCAUGUUUUACGCGCCUGUCUUGUUCAAGACUAUUGGUUUUGGUGGUGAUGCUUCGUUGAUGUCUGCUGUUAUUACUGGUAUCGUCAAUGUUGUUGCAACGUUAGUUUCUAUUUACUAUGUCGAUAAGUUGGGACGAAGAUUCUUGUUCCUUGAAGGUGGAAUUCAAAUGCUCAUCUGCCAAAUUGCAGUAGCAAUUUGCAUUGGACUGAAGUUUGGUACUGAUGGCAAUGCAGGCCAAUUACCAAAGUGGUAUGCAAUAGUAGUAGUAAUCUUCAUCUGUAUUUAUGUAUCCGGAUUCGCGUGGUCAUGGGGGCCUUUAGGAUGGUUAGUCCCAAGUGAAAUCUUCCCACUCGAAAUUCGUUCUGCAGCACAAAGUAUCAAUGUAUCAGUCAACAUGAUCUUCACGUUCAUAGUCGCGCAAGUGUUCUUGACAAUGUUGUGUCACUUGAAGUUCGGUUUGUUCCUCUUCUUCGCGUUCUUUGUGUGCGUGAUGACCGUGUUUGUCUACUUCUUCUUGCCUGAGACGAAGAAUGUGCCGAUCGAAGAGAUGGUUAUUGUGUGGAAAGAACAUUGGUUUUGGUCUAGGUUUAUGACUGAAGUUGAUUAUCCUGGAAUAGGACCAACAACUCAUGUUGAAAUGGCAAAAGGGGACUAUGGGAGCAAAUUAGUAUGACAUUUUAGAGUUAUAUAUUAGUGGAAAUUUGAAAAAGAAAGAGUUUGUACGACCUAAGUUGCUCGGACUCUUAAAAAAUGUCUACGGCUGCGUGUCGGAUCCUCCAAAAAUAGUGUAUUUUUGAAGGAUCCGACAUGGGCGCGACAACACUUUUGAAGAGUUCGAGCAACUUAGUGUAUGACAUCUAAGUGUUUUUAUGUAAUGUUUUGUUAGUUGGGAUUAUGUUGUUGUUAGAUUGAACUGUUUUUAUAUUGUCUGUUUUGCUUAGGAAAAAAAACAUAUUUAUAGUAGACUAUCUAAAA